GAUGUUUGACGUCAUUAAAAUGCGACGCUCUUGUGUAAGGACAUGUUAGCCGUAUUUCAUAAAUUAGUCUCCUGAAUAAAUAAACGUAACAUGCAAAGGAUGUUAGCUUGUAAGGGUUCGGGCGCUGUCCUUUCUGCAAUCCGGAUACUUUUCAGAAAUCAGGCUGGCGUCCUUGGGCAAGCCUGGAGGUGUCUGUCCAGCCAAACUGAGGGAGAGCUUCGCAUCGCCAAAGUGCUCCGGGAAAAGUUUCCACAAGCGUCAUCGCUAAAAGUUGUAGAUAUAUCUGGUGGCUGUGGGGCCAUGUACGAAGUUCACAUAGAAUCCUCUGAGUUCAACGGGAAGAGGACUGUUCAGCAACACCAGCUUGUCAAUCAGGCAUUGAAGGAGGAGAUUCAAGGAAUGCAUGGACUAAGAAUAUUCACAGAUAUUCCAAAACAGUAAUUCCACUGAAGUAAAUAACUUCAGUGUUCAUAAAUCAUGCUAUGAAUCAAUAUUGUAGUUGUUAUUGUCUGGCUUAGUGGUUCUCAAAUUAGAUGUGUAUUACUUAAAAGUCAACUACAAUGGCGCGGUACUUAUUAAAUGUUUUUCUGGAAUAUGGAUUUAAGAAAAGUGAGGACACUGUAACUCUUUAGCGUACCACACUUUGAGAACCACUGGGUCUAGUCAAUCACUUAAUACAAGUAUAAAUGUGAAAUUCAUACAAAAUGGCUUACAUAUCCCAUGACAUCCAAAUCCACAGUUUAAUGCAUAAUGUAGGUCAAAACGAAUCCGUGACUGUGUUCGACAUUUAUGUGGUUUGUUAACUGAAUGUUUUCGCCUUUGAAGACCAAAGCCCUCGCAAAACAGCAGGAAUCAGGAAACACGAUUUUGAAAUCGCUCAUGAUGAGACGUAGUUUUGCCAAUAGAUAGUCAAAUACAUGCUCGCUCGGUGGUUGCUACGCGCCCUUUCGUCUCGGGAAAAGCUGGCUGAGCGACAACAUGGGUGCGUCUUUUGCAAAGCCGACUCACAGGAGUUGAGGGAUGAAUCUCAACUUUUUGGGGAGAAAUUCCUUAGCAUUUCGGAACCAGAAUUGUCACAUUCAGGCCCGUUUCGUGGACAAUAAUUUGUAAACAAACAUGAGCGGAUAACCACCCGGGCAGCCCCUACCUAGCUUUUCAAAUAUAGUAUUCAAAAGCACUCAUGUGUUGUGGUUUACAACAAUACUUAACUAUAUUUAUAAUCUAUGUUUUAACUGAAGAUCCAUUAGCAAAGCUUGUGCUAAUUGUCGGCUAAAUGUGAGCGUGCGACGAACGCCGCGCGACGGUUACGUUGACGCGAUUGACCGUGAGCGCGUGAGCAUCCUCUCAAAAUAUUCUCCACUUGAUUUUUGCUCACGCCCCCCCGUCUGUGGGGUUGUGAGUCGCCGACUGUCAUGUCAGCUCAAUUUCACUUUUAAUGGGUAAAUUAUGAUAGCAAGAUCCCAUAUCAAAAGAUCCAUCAUGUUGAAUAUUAAUGACAAAGCCGUUUCAACUUCCAAGUAGCAAAGACCAAUUAGAAUAGUUUAAAAAAUGGCAUUAUAGUCAUUUUCAACCCAAAUCAUCUUGCUAAACCAAUAACAGGGCAAAGAUUAUUAAAAAAAAAUGAAUUGCAGGCAUGGGGCCUUUAAGUAGGAAAAUUUCCGUUAAAUAUAUCAGAAUAAAUGCUUUAUACGCACAAAAUAUCUGCUUUCACUUUUCUCUCAUAGGUGGUAAAUAUAUUAAUGGAAGUAAUAUAAUUUUUCCAUGUUGCCUGAUGCUGCAAGUCAAGUGUAUGCAUUCGAGUCCAAGUAUCGUUUAUUUAUUUCAUAAGUGUCAGCAGACAGCACAUGGCUUUGUUGUACUUUUGCACCCAGUACUGGUCAUGUAGGUAAUAUAUUUUGUCCAAUAAAGCCUUUUAUAUUUGA